AUGAAUUUUGAAGUUGAAGAAUUUCUUCGUAUUGAGGGGGAGUCUGUCGCUCUUGCUGUAGUAAUCGAAGAAUCACCUUAUAUAAAAGGAUUAAUAUUCGAAGUGGAUCUUGUUGAAAUGCUAAAGAGCAUUGGUGCUAAAGACCAUUGGUAUAAUAGAGGUCUCUCUAUGGAUAGCUUUACUCCUGGUGCAAUAGAUGCAGCACUAGAGAUAGCAGAACCACUGGAACCAUCAGAACUAUUGGAUCCAUUGGAACAACUACCUACAUAUCCCAUCAUUGUGACAGAUGUAGACCGAUUGCCCAAAUAUUUGAUCAAUGCG